AUGAAUCACCUACAUCCACACGAGGGCCAUCCGCCGCCCCCGCCUCAUAGCGCCUAUGAGAACAAAUGGCGGCCUACAUAUCUUCCGCCGUACGAGCACCCGGAAUCACGGCGCCUCUCCGCACCAACGCAGGGCCCGUCUCCCCCACAAGGAUAUCCCAUGCAAAGCCGUGAGCUACCGCAGCUUCCCCCAGAUGGACCGUACGGUCGCCCGAAUAGCCUACCUGGGCCUUCACAUCCUCCGCAUCCUCCACAUCCCAUUUCAGAACCCAGUCCCCUGCAUACUGGUUAUCGUCCUCCGAUAAAUGGAUCACCUCCCGAAUCUUCACCCCACUCUGCUACGGCGGAUUAUCGUCCACGUAUGGGAUUUCCACCACCCGAACCUCAAGUCUCGAGCGAAUCUACACCACCGAUCACUCUUCCUCCAACAACGCAGUAUAUGCAAGCCCCGCCUCCUCCAUCCGCCGGUACACCUACAUCUUAUGAUGCUUAUUAUAAUUCAAAUGCGGCCCGUCAGCGCAAGGCCAACAGAGCAACCCAAGCGUGUGACCAAUGUCGAGCACGAAAGGCAAAGUGUGAUGAGGGCCGACCUUCUUGCAGUCACUGCAAAGAGAAUGGCAUUAAUUGCGUCUACAAAGAGAUUCCACCGCAUAAGCAAGAAAAGGGCACUCAGCAAAUCAUUGACAAGAUUACAGAGACUGGAGAUAGUAGCAUGAACGAGCUUGAGAAGAUUAGAAAACUGGUUCAAGGGCAGGACACGCAACUAGGGCAGAUUAUUCACAGCCAAGAGGCGCAGAUUCAAAAUCAAACGAUCCAACUUCAGAGCCAGAGUGCGCAACUGGCGCAUAUGAGCCAGAUGAUCGUUCAACUUUUUGGAGGAGAAUCGGUCGGCAGCGCUUCAAAUUCCCGUGAGCCGCCCAUGAAGUCUGAACCACCAAGCUUGGUUAUGAAACCGGAACUUUCUGAGCCGCCUCCGCCAUUUGCCCCAGCAGGGCCAGCAACGGCAUCGGAUUCUUUGCCGGCUGUUGUUCUGGCUGAAGAGAUGAAGAAUGCCGAUAAUGAAGGAGAGCUGUCAAUACCAGUUGAACAUACGACCGCGGCACAUAAGCUCCUAAUGUGGCCUGUUAUCAAGAAACUUAUUCACCCCAAGGAGUAUGACGAAGACUACGUCAUGCGGUUAGAAGAAGAACGUGGCCUCAUUAGCGUCCGUGGACAAGGCGAGAACUCUUUCUCAGCCGAUGGUACAUCACUUCCUCCUCAACCCCAUGGUCUUGGUAACAGCUUUGCUUCCGACGAUGGCAUUUUGGAUGCGAAUAAUGAAUCAAUGUCCGGUGACUUCGAGGCCGAAAUCACGAGGUCUGGCCUGCUGAAUCUGGAACCAGAGACCGCUAGGCGGUACUUCGAAAGCUAUAUGGAACGCAUGUACACACUUCAUCCCUUCCUCGACGAAAAGCUUCAGCAGAAAAACCUCGAGGAAUUCCUUCGCUGUUACGCUCCGCAACCGCCCAAGGGGCAGGGUGACUCUGCAGGUUCUAUGUGUCAGGAGAAUAAUCGGAGUGCGAAGCGACAGAAGCGGUCCCAUGGCGACCCACAUGGUGUACGAGGUGCCGAUAGCUCUUCCAAUACUCGACUGCGUGUUGGUAUGAAUAUCGAUAAUGCUGUUCUCCUCCUGAUCCUUGCUGUUGGCGCUAUCUGUGAUGCGAAAAAUCCGCUCCCUGGGCCAAUUAUGGAUGAGCCAACCAAUUACUUGAACCAAUAUGUCCCUGCACCGUGGCCACCUUUACCAUCCCAUCUGGCGCAAGCAAACAACACCAAUAAUAUAUCCUAUUCUGUGCUUUCUCCUGCUACCUCAGACUCUGCUACUAUCCCACAACCCGCCGCGUCCUUUUACAACACUCCGAUGAUGACGACAACGACUCCAACUCAAUCAUUCUCAUCAUCACCAGCAACCCUGGUCCGGGAAACCCUCUCAAGGCGGCCUGUUUCAAAUAGUCGUGACGAAUAUGGACAUGUUAAGAAUCUGGAGGUUAUUCCCGGUCUGGCUCUGUACGGAUAUGCUACAGCCAUCUUGGGUCAUCUUCAAGGAGGCGUAGAGUUAGAGCACGUCCAGGCAGGCCUACUAGCGGGUCUCUAUGCCAGUCAAUUGGCCCAUCCUUUCCAAAGUCAUGGCUGGAUCUGCCAGGCUGCGCGUGCUUGCCAGGUGCUUGUGCGACAACGACGGUACGAAAGAUUUGAAGAAGGAAUGACAAAGGAUCUUUACAACUUUGCCUAUUGGACUUGUCUCCAGCUUGAAAGUGAUCUUUUAGCAGAACUUGACAUUCCAGCCAGUGGGAUCUCUCGAUUUGAGGGUCGGAUUGGUUUACCCAAGGGCAAAUAUACAAUCGACCUUCCCGAUGACCUUAAUGCCAAGCCUACCAGAAUGAUGCUGCACUACUCGGCACAAAUUCAUCUUCGCAAGGUUCUUAAUCGCGUUCAUACUGAUCUUUACAAAGUAGAAAAAAAUGCGGGCGCCGGUGCGCGGUGGUCAUCAUCGGUGCAAGAGGCUCUAAGUAUGAACCUUGACCUCUGGCGCGAUAGCCUCCCGGCUGUCAUGAAAUGGAAAGAUGAAGAUCCACCCGCAACUGAAAUCAAUUCCGCCCGUAUGAGAGCCAAAUACUACGGAGCUCGAUAUAUCAUUCACCGACCAUUGCUGUUCCAUGCGCUCCACCAUCCUGAACAAUACAAGGACUACAAUAAGAUGCCAUUGGAGGCCAAACCCGGUUCUGCAAAUUCUUCUAAUUCAAAUCAAAUGUCUCCAUCGAUGACCUCAGGCUCUGCACGAGGGGCUAGCAUGGCUCGUAUGAAGAGUGACUUGGGUAGCACACCACCGAAUCUCUCCCCGGAGGCGUUAGCAAAGUGGGAGAUGGAAGAAAAGAAGAAGAAGUGGCGCAAGCUUUGUCGUGCCUGUAAGGUCUGUGUCGAAUCCGCAAUCCUUAGCACGGAAGCCUUCGAUGGAAUGGAAGAACGUCUUGUGGUGACCAAUAUUUUCGGCACUGCCCAUGCACAAUUUGGAAACAUGCUUGUCCUUUCAGCCACUUACAUGUCAGAGUUGAAUGAACUGGUGGAACGACCUGUUCUUGAAAGAUUGCUUAGACGAACUAUCAAGUUCUUAUUGUAUAGCAAGAACAUCUCGCCUACUCUCCGGGCUGAUGCUCGCAUUCUGACCGAAAUUUAUGAGCAAGUCUUUGGUAACGGAAGUUUCAGGAUACAACCGACUUAG